AUGGGAGCAACACCAAAUGCUCCAUAUAUUGGUGCAAUUGAAUCUAAAGAAAUUGGUAAUUUUGGAAUGGAUCAAUCAUAUGUUUUGGUAUCAAUCAAUGAAAAACAAUGUAAAUUACCAAGAUUUAUUGGAAAUGGUUUAAACAAUUUACUUGUUUAUUGGAUAUUUGUUGAACCAAACUCUACUUUUAACCAAGAUGAAUCUUACAAUAAUGUAACUGUAAUAAUUAGAGUUGCUGAAAUGGUUACAACCAAAGUUACUAAAAUGAUUACAUCUAUUGCUAAAGAGUGUCCCAACAAUUGUUCCAACCAUGGAGUAUGUAUUCCAAUACUUGGUGCUUGUGAAUGUUACAUUGGUUAUCAAUCAUUAUCAGAUUGUUCAUUUUUAUUGGUAAAACCCCACAAUUCAACCGAUGAACCCAACUCUUUUGAUAUCAAUUUUAAAUCUGGAAUUCAACUCAUUCGAGAAAUUGAUCAAAACAAUUCAACUAUCGGAUCCAUUUCAAUGGAUAAUGUAACUUGGGUGCGAUUGAAACGAACAUCUAUUGGUAUAACAGAAAUUAUUGGAACAAUCCUUUAA